AUGUCCUCCGUCGCUCGCGCCAUCCGCCCCUUCGCUUCCCGGGUCCUUACCCAGAAGCCUCUUGCUUCCGCCUGCCAGGUUGCGCCUGCUUUCCGUUUCCCGCGGGGAACCAGGAGCUUCUCUCAGAGCCCUCUCUCCCAACUGAAGAAGUACACAGAGUCCCACGAAUGGAUUGAGCUGGCCGAUGGCGGCAAGACUGCCAAGAUCGGUAUCACCGAAUACGCCGCCCACUCCUUGGGUGAUGUCGUUUACGUAGAGCUUCCCGAGGCCGACCUCGAGAUCGUCGCCGGCGAGCCCGUCGGCGCUGUCGAGUCCGUCAAGUCUGCCUCCGAUGUCCUCUCCCCCAUUGCUGGCAAGGUUAUUCAGGGUAACAGCAUCCUUGAGGAUAAGGCUAAGACCAUCAACGAGAGCCCCGAGGGUGAGGGCUGGAUCGCUGAGAUUGAGGUCGCUGAUGCUGCUGAGCUCGAUGCCUUGCUUGAUGAGGCUGCCUACAAAGAGACCAUCGAUGCUUAG